AUGGCUGACUUUGACCCGCAAAAGAAGUAUCAGGAGCAGGAGGAGAUAUAUUUUGACGAUGGCCGCGAGAGAGAACUCUUGGAAUUCAUUCUCAACAAGCCAGAUGUGGAGGAUAUGCGAAAUUCGCCGCAUAAAGUGCUCGCAGCUAUCGACGAGUUUGCCCGCACCCAGAAAUAUCUGAUGAAUGUGGGCGAAGACAAAGGCCGGAUUGUGACUGACCUGAUAGCCGAAGUCAAGCCACAGGUCAUGGUCGAGCUAGGUGGCUAUGUUGGGUACUCGUGCAUUUUGUUUGGAGACGCCGUCCGCAAGGCUGGCGGCCAAAGGUACUUCAGCCUGGAGAGGAAUUCCGAAUUUGUAUCCGUGAUCACUUCUUUGGUUGACCUUGCCGGCUUGAGCGACAUUGUCAAAGUCAUCGAGGGCUCCAGCGAUGCCUCCAUCAAGCAAUUGCACGACUCGGGGACCCUGCAACAUAUCGACCUCCUGUUCUUGGAUCACUAUAAGCCUGCGUACACCACCGACCUGAAGCUCUGCGAGGAGCUGAACCUGAUCACACCAGGGUCCGUGCUGGCUGCAGACAAUGUGAUCAAACCGGGGAACCCACCCUAUCUAGAGUAUGUCCGGAGCAGUGUCGAACAGAAAAAGGACGCGACACAGAAAGCAGAUACGGUCAAUGGUGUGGACACGCGCUUCGCGGACCGCACAGCCAAACAAUAUCUCAAGCGGGAGGGCGAAGCCAAACUGGACGAGACAAGAGUGGGAAAUCCGCUGUUGAUAUACGAGAGUAAACUCGUCCACAGCUUCGAACCAUCGGGAGUACCAGACGCUGUCGAAAUCACCAGAUGCGUGGGCGUGGACGAAGGAAGCUGA